CCAGGUUAACCUAGUUUAUUGUACGGCCAAUGAGGAACUAAUACUCUCAGCAUUUAUAAGGAGAGUGAGAAACUCUGCUUUGAGCAUUUAUCAAAUAGUUCCUCUACCUGACGACUGCUACGUCCUAAUAAUGAGAGUAUUGGGUCUUCUUCUCCUUCUCGGCUUAGCCAGCUUCUCAUCGGCCCAAGUCUUCGGGUUCGGUGGCUGCCCCAGAGUGCGCGUCGCUAGGGACUUCGACCUCGAUCGCUACUUCGGUCGGUGGUUCGAAAUCACGAAGUUUUACACCUUCUACCAGGAUGGUCUGACGUGUGUGUCGGCGGAGUAUCGACCAGGGGAUGAUGGUAGCAUUCGUGUCAUCAACUCGGGACGAUCACAAGAAGGAGAGGUGACGACAAUUGAAGGGGUUGCCUUUCAACCCGACCCAGAGGAGGGAGCAAAGCUGCAGGUCCAGUUUUUCAGAGGGCAAACACCAGGCGAUUAUUGGGUUCUCGAUGUGGAAUACGACAGAUAUGCUCUUGUACACUCGUGUUCAGAGGUCUUCUAUGGCUGGUUUAACAUCCAGUCUAACUGGCUUCUCGCCCGUGAUCGUAUGCCAUCCGAGGAAGUCAUCGAGAAUGCUUUGAGGAAGUUCGGAGAACAGGGCAUCAACGUGCAAAAGCUCAAGAGAACGAAUCAGAGGAAUUGCGAGGGAGAACCACCACGUCCGACAGAGAGGCCUGGCACUGAUAGACCACGCCCGUCCGAGAGGCCUGGCACCGACAGACCACGCCCGUCCGAGAGGCCCGGCACCGACAGACCACGCCCGUCCGAGAGACCUGGCACUGACAGACCACGUCCAUCUGAGGAGCCUGGCACCGACAGACCACGCCCAUCUGAGGAGCCUGGCACAGACAGACCACGCCCAUCAGAGGAGCCUAAAACUGAGCGACCACGUCCAUCUGAGGAGCCUGGCACUGACAGACCACGCCCAUCAGAGGAGCCUGAAACUGAACGACCACGCCCAUCAGAGGAGCCUGAAACUGAGCGACCACGUCCAUCUGAGGAGCCUGGCACAGACAGACCACGCCCAUCAGAGGAGCCUGAAACUGAGCGACCACGUCCAUCUGAGGAGCCUGCCACUGACAGACCACGUCCAUCAGAGGAGCCUGGAACUGCACGACCACGUCCAGCUGCGUUUUAAUCAGAUGUUUCAGGAAGUGAAAGGCAACCCCUUCAUAUAUUCCAGGAACUAACAGACCACCCCCUCCUUGUAACCGCUAACAUAAGAACAAUAUUCGAUAACUUUUAAUCAGAACAAUAAAUAACAUAAAGGAAAAACAAUUAUUUAACAACAAACAAAUCGUCCAUUGCGUCUUUUAAAACUAUUUCAGCUGAAAUUGAUAUCAUAAUGUAGUAAGCUCGUAAUGUAAAACAAAAAUGUUUACACAAUUUUGUUUUCCUAUUUUAAUUUCGCUCGUAUUUAUUAUGAAAUCAUUUUGAUUAUAGUAACAUUUUGAAUAAACGAAUACAAUUCAUUUCACCAAGUAA